CCAAUUGAUAACUUCCUCAGAACAGCGAUGAACACAUGUUCAACGGCCUCCACCCAGAAUACAAUGCCCAUACUCUUAUUAAGGCUCAGGGAAUAUUUAUUUAAGUUCGACAACUCAAACAUAGCCAGUUGAUCGUCACCGAGCCACCUCUUGUCUUCGUAUCGGCCUUGGCUACGCUUGGCAGAUAUCGUGGCUGUUAUAUUAGAACCCUGGAUUCGCAGUAGAUUGGGUAUAUGUAAAUAUCCAGAAGAUAAUCAAACACAAACAGAGACAGAAUACACCAUGAAGAUCUCUCGACACAUUUCCCACGACAGCCAUCCGGCAAUCCUCAUCUUGCGCGUCGCCACCAUCUUCGCUUCCAUCAUGUGCGUUGUUGCUUUUGCAUGGAUGUUCAAAGCACACGAUGAGAUGUAUACGGAUGGCACAAGCGCUUUUUUGACCCUGUUUCCGUUAAUCUUUACCGCAUACGCCCUCUUCUGGUCCCUCCUAAUCCUCGCCAUCCGCAUCUUCUCCAACGCCUUCAUCCACCCCGCAAUCUACAUAAUAUUCGACCUAAUCGCCUUCGGCACAGUCCUGGGAUGGUGCGCUACGAAACUGGAGCUCGUGGCGAGUUAUGGAUCGCAGUAUUCGUGUAAUCAUGGACCGCCGGGGUCGUGUGAUACUGUUGCGAGGGUAUUGAAGGGGGUGGGGUAUUUUGGGUGUGUUGUUGGGAUUUUGGAUUCGGUUCUGUACCUUGUGCUGCUUGUUUGGGCUUGUUGGGUUUGCUCGAAGGGGGUUCGGGGUGUGCAGAAGGGUUGAGACUGGGGAUUGUAGGGCUGGGGGGUGGACAUGUUUUGUUAUGGGUUAUGAUGAUGAUGAUUUAUAAUGGUUAAUGUGGGGUCUGGGAAUGCUAGUUCACGAGCUCC